AUGGUCCUGCUCAAGGCUGAACUGAACCCCGCGCUUUGCGUGAAAGGAAGAAAAGAAGAAAGGGAGGCAUACCGGGAUUAUAUUAAAACGGUGGAGGAAGACUCCAUAGAGUGUGAAAUAAAUAAAAAGAAAAAAAAAUGGACCCAGCGGAAACUCGAGAAGGAGUUCACCAUGCAGAAGCAUGACUUGGUGUGUCUGAGUCGUUAUCGCUACCACCCUUUUAAGGUCGUCUGCGAGAAUGGCUUUUCCUUUUUGCAGCCCGGCCAAAACUACUACACCUCCAGUUAUAAGCUGCAGAACCGGAACUACAAACUCGUGUUCGAAAACCUGUGCUCAUCCCCAUCGAUUCAAAUUUCCUUUUGUGGAAUUCUCAUGACCGCAAUUGCAGCCCUGGUGGACUUGAAGAACAGAAGAUUGUGA